AUGUCACACCCAAACACCCAUAUGCCCCGCACACAUGCCGUGCACGGGCGCGCCGCGCCGCAACGGCGAGGUUGCCGGACAAGCGUGGAGAAAACCGACCAGUCCGGCCACUCCCGGAGCAGCCUGGCGGAGUCAGCGAUGGAGCAAGCACAGCUACGCAGCAGGGGUGAGGCUGGCGGGGGCCGCAGCGUACUGUGUGCGAGCGGCGAGCCAGGCAGCGCGCACAAAUGGGCUGGUGCAGUUACGUGCUCGGGAGCCGAGGAGCAGCCUCUGCACUGGGCAGAGUCGCGGGCGCGCGGGCUGGCGCGGCAUCUGCACUACUGGGAACUGCCAUAUGCGUGGCGGGAGAACCGGUACAUUAUCUACGGGCACCGGUUCUACCACUCGCACCGCAAGUCGCUGCUUUCGGUGCUGAAUGCGUACGGAUGGCACAAUGAGACGAUUAACAUCUGGUCGCACCUGGUCGGCGCUGCGGUAUUGGCCUACCUGCUGUGCUGGGGCUGGCCGCGCUCGGACGUGUACCGCGCGGCACAGGUCCCGCGGCUGGCCAAGUGGGCGAUCGGAGCGUUUCUGGCGUGUGGGGUCAAGUGCAUGGCCUCUUCUGUGGCCUGGCACACAUUCAACGGCACGUGCCACCUGAAGCUGCGGUCGCGCUUUGUGUGCGUGGACUACACGGGGAUCACGCUGCUGGUGACGGCAUCGGUGGUGACGACGGUCGCUGUGACGCUGUACGGGCUGUCGCGGCCGCUGAUGUACGCGUACAUGGUGGCCUCCAUUGGCCUAGGCACAGCCGCUGGCGUGAUGAACUGGUCGCCGCACUUUGAUCGCCCGGAGGCACGUCCGCUGCGGAUCGCCGUGUACGUCGGGCUAGCCGCCCUGGGGCUCGUGUCAUUCGUGCAUGUCUGGAUGCAAGUACGCUGGGCCUCCGCGCACCUCAUGGCGCCGCUCGUGUACAAGAGCCUGGUCUGGUACGGAAUCGGCGUGGUUUUCUACGCCACGCUUGUGCCCGAGCGCUGGCGGUCCGACGUAACGCUCGACUGCUGCUCGGGCCCGGUGCACGAGGCUGCUUGCCGCCAGUUCAGGGAUCUGCCACCUGUCGCGCGCAAGGACCGCCAGUUCUGGUCAUUGUGGUGGGUGGACUACUUCUGCCACUCGCACUUUCUGUGGCAUGUCUUCGUCGUGCUUGGCGUCGUCGGCCACUACCGUGCAGUGCUCCAGAUGUCAAGAAUUGUGUGGCUCGACGCUGGUCGCGCCUUUUAG